GAUGUCUCGACAUAUCACCGUGAACGCUUCGUCCCAUCGCAACGUGAAGCUGUCGGGGCCGAUCCUUCCAACCUCUGCAGCGAAACCCAGCGUAUCACAACAGAGCCUGGGGCUAGUCUCAGAUUCCCCUGACGCCACUGCAUAGUAUAUCUGUCAAGGUACCCGCGAUGAGCACAUGACUCUGGUCUCAGACUUUCAUUCACCGAUAAACCCAUGAUUCAGAUAUGGACAUGAGGGCUGUACGGUAAAGGAGCCCCGGUUCGAAUUGUGCUUCUUCGCAUUACCAGCAUGGCUCAUUGUGACUCACGAUGAAGAUAUUGUGCGAGAUGAUAAUACUGCCGGACGUUCUCCCACCCCCAUCCCACUCAGAUAAGUGUAGAUAAGCUCGAGACGCUCAGAAAUGGCGGCGAAUUUGAUAUCGAACAUGCCGUGCCUUUGUUGCUAGUGACUCAGCCGUUCCCGCGGGGUGAUGUAAGGGUAAGCCCGCGCAAAAAGAAAAAUCUCCAAGGCCAUUAAGAAAAAAAAGACAAUCCAACUUCCUUUUUUGCGAUCAACACCAUCCUACAAACCGUCAAUAUGCCCAUCAAUCAACCCUCUAACCAGAUCAAACUCACAAAUGUAUCCCUGGUACGCUACAAAAAGGCAAAAAAGCGUUUCGAGAUCGCCUGCUACAAGAACAAAGUACUCGAAUGGCGGUCCGGCAACGAAAAAGACAUCGACAAUGUUCUCCAAAUUCCUAACGUUUUCCUCAAUGUCUCGCGAGGACAAACUGCACCGACGGCCGAUCUAGCAAAGGCCUUUGGAAAAGAUACUCCCGUCCAAGACAUCAUUCUCGAAAUAUUAAACAAGGGAGAGUUACAAGUGGGAGAGAAAGAACGUCAUGCACAGCUGGAGCGAGUGCACAACGAAGUGAUCAGUAUCGUAGCCAGCAAACUGGUGGAUCCAAAGUCGAAGCGCGUGUACACCACCGGAAUGAUAGAGAAAGCACUUGAGAUGCUCAGUUCGCAGGGUUCGCAAGCACAGGAAAAAGAGAAGAAUCUGGGCAGCGAAACUGCAACCCCGACGACGGGAGAAGAAGGAGAGGCAAAGCCAAUACCGAGAGCGAGGGAACAUGCUUGGACGGGUGUUGUGGCUACAAAGAGCGCAAAGAGUCAGGCGUUGGAAGCGAUGAAGGCGUUGAUUGCUCACCAGCCCAUUCCAGUCGCGAGAGCAAGGAUGAGGUUGAGAGUUACCCUGCCUACCAAGAUUCUAAAGCAGGUUGUUAAGGCUCCUGGACCAAAAUCCGUUGAUGAGGGAGAGGGUGAUAAGAAGGAGACGGUCAAGGAUAGAGUAUUGGGAUAUGUAGAGCAGGUCGAGACUCAGGAUGUGAUGGGUGCAGAGUGGGAGGUAGUAGGCUUUGUAGAACCUGGUGCCUUCAAGGGAAUAGGAGAUUUCAUCAGUACGGAGACGAAGGGACAGGGCAGAGUUGAGGUGUUGGAUAUGGCUGUUACUCAUGAAGACUAAAGGGUCCAAGUCUUCUGUUGCAACUUGGGUCUGGUAUCAUUUAGCGGGUCUAGAAUGGCGUUAGGGGUAGCAAAAGUAGUUUACAUUUUACCUUGUGGUUAUAUAUCCUGUAUGUUGAUUGGUUUGUCAUUUUGAGAAUCAAAGAAAGUUACGUCGUGCACAUUAGCAGAUAUGAUUACA